CUACUCCUAAUAACGAUUUAUUAUCUCCCAAGCUUGAUGGUUUAAAUGAUAUUGAUAUGAAUUCACCAAUUGUUAACCAUGAUUUAUUUAUUAAUUGGGCAGAUUUCUUUAGUAAUCAAAAUACUUAUCCGAGUCCUGACUUAUCAAUAACAUCCAGUAGCGAUAGUUCUCCGAGUCUAAAUAAUUUUGAUUUUCCAAUUCAAUCGGAUCAGCAAGUCAAUGAUGAUAUCAUAAAUAACCUUUUAUUCAUUGAUGAAAAUCAGCCUCCUAUAUAUGAUAGUCAAUAUGGACUCGGAAUUUUCGAUUUCUCUAACGUUAACGUUAAUGAAAUUUCCGAAAUAAAUUCACAUAAUCUACAUGAAAUCUUUGACAUUCAGAACAAUUGCAUUUUAGAUAACUUGGUCAAUUCUAAUGACCAAUCAUAUUUUUUGCCUAAUUUAUUAAAUACAACAACAAUAAAUCAAGAUAGUUUAAACGAUGCGUUAAUCGCUUAUGAGAUGGGCUUUAAUUACCCUAUCUAA